AACUUGAAUGGUAAAUUCACGGUAAAUGCAAUAACUGCAAUAUGUGUUCCUGAAACACUUUCAAUCCAAUUACACCUGCUGAAUAUUUUUUUCAUAAACCCGUUCUGUCGAUUAUUUGAUGCAGAGUUAAAAUAAAACUUGUUGGAUGAGAGACGAGAGAAACUGCAGAUGCUGGAAUUGGGUUAUUUUCAGCAUGUUGAUUGUUAGAAUAAAUUAAAUUCGGGUGCUGAAGUGGCAGCAACGACGAAAGGCAAACCAGCAUUAGUAAGUGAGGAUCAGGAGAGAUGGCUGAUCGUCUGAAAUCAGUAAAUCAGUUCCUGCUUUUUUCCCCCACCCCACAUCCCUUGAUUCAUUCAGCCCCAAGAGCUAGAUGUAACUCCCUCUUGAAGAAUGAUUGACUGCGAAUGGUUCCGUGCAGACGCUCUAGCCGUGGCUGGCAACCUCUGAGCUACAGCCUCCUGAGACUCGCAGAGUUGAACAGCUGGGGGGCGCUGGGUGGCCGGUGUUCUCGCUCGGACUGGCGGCGCGGAAGCUGCUCGCUGUCUGCUCUCCUGCGGAGAAGGGCUGAUGGAUGGAUUGAUGGAAGGAAGGAGGGGGGAGUUCCUCGCCGUUCUCUAGCCAGCCUCGGGAUUAGCCGAAUUCCAGCGGCUGCGGCAGGAGCCGAGUACUCGAGUGACCGCUCUGCAUUGCCCUGGCUGGGCUGAGCUGAGCUGAGCGGGCUAAUCCCCAGCACGGAACCAGGCGGCUCACUCAUCUCUCUUUCCCCUUCACCACCCCCAUUUCUCUAAAACAUUUCUGCCUCUGUUUAUGGACCGGCCAUGGCCACCUUGGUCUGCAGGGUCCAGUUCCUCGAUGACACCGAUCCGUUCAAUAGCACCAACUUCCCGGAGCCCACCCGCCCCCCGCUCUACACUUUCCGACUGGACAUCUCGCUUAUCAAUCAGAUCGCGGGGCUGCACCGACUUCUCCAGGCGCCGCACAAGCUUGAUGAUUGUGCGUUGCAGUUGUCUCCCAAUGGCACCUACCUGGAUCUGGAGUCUAACCUGGCUGAACAGAAAGAUGAAUUGGAAGGCUUCUUGGAUGAUCCAGGGAGGGGAAAGAAACACAGCAUGAUCUUACGCACACAGCUCUCGGUUCGAGUUCAUGCCUGCAUCGAAAAACUCUACAACUCCUGUGGCCGGGAACUCAGAAGAGCACUUUUUUCACUCAAGCAGAUAUUCCAGGACGACAAGGAUUUGGUCCACGAGUUUGUCGUUGCUGAGGGUCUGACAUGUUUGAUAAAAGUGGGAGCAGAAGCAGACCAGAACUACCAGAAUUACAUCCUGAGAGCCCUUGGCCAGAUUAUGCUUUAUGUGGAUGGAAUGAAUGGGGUGAUUGGCCACAAUGAAAGCAUCCAAUGGUUGUAUACGCUCAUAGGCUCAAAGUUCCGACUGGUGGUGAAAACAGCCCUGAAGUUGUUGCUGGUGUUUGUGGAGUACACAGAGUCGAACGCACCACUGUUCAUCCAGGCAGUCACCACAGUGGACCACAAGAGGGGUGUGAGGCCUUGGUCAAAUGUCAUGGAAAUACUGGAAGAAAAGGAUGGGGUUGACACAGAGCUUCUCGUUUACACAAUGACUUUGAUCAAUAAGACAUUGGCAGGAUUGCCUGAUCAAGAUUCCUUCUAUGAUGUAGUGGACUGUCUGGAAGAACAAGGGAUGGAAGCUAUUUCACAGAGACACUUGAACAAAAAAGGAACGGACUUGGACUUGGUGGAACAAUUCAAUAUUUAUGAGAUGACUCUAAAACAUGAAGAUGGAGAUGAAGAUGUUAGCAUAAGUGGUCGCAAAGACAGACGGAGAUCAAGCCUUGGUACGAAUGAACGACGUGGCUUAGAACGGCGGAGAAGUCGAAGGCAUUCUAUCCAGAAUAUCAAGACCUCAUUGUCUGGUUCUGCCAGCCCAAGCAGUCCAUUGCCUGGCCAAUUAAGUCCAAAUUUCCUUUCACCCAAUGGCCAGAGGCUUGAAGACCUCAAUGAAAACAACUGUGUAGUUCAGCACCAAAUGACCGACCAGGCUGAUGAAGCAAGCGACACUGAGGAUGUAUUUGGGGCAAUUCACACACCGCCUAGUGCAGUUGAGGAAUACAAGGAGGAGGAGGAGGAGGAGGAGACUGAAGAAGAGCAGCCAGUUACUGAACCUAAUUCUGAGGAUGAGGGGGAACAAGACCCCUAUUUUCAGGGUCAGGAAAGUGGGUUGAAGCCAGAUGCAGCAAAUGAACAAGCAGACAGUAGCCUCCAGAGUACAAAAUAUGUAGCAAGCUUUAUUCCGGUGCCUGAAGAGAGAGGAUCAUCUUCCAGCUGCUUCCAGUCUUCUGAAACGAGCAGCCCUUCGGCCACCUCUCCUCCUCAGUCACCUGGUUCUCCAGGUGGUUGCCAGCAUCCUCUGCAGCUAUCAUCAUUGCCAUCAUCAUCGUCAUCCAUUGUCAUCCCUCUUUCACCAGACGCUUUGCCAAGCAGCCCUGAAGAUUCCACCGCAAAUAUUAACCAAGCUGUCUCUCCCACCGUUGAGAAGUUGCCAUAUCUUCCUCAUUCACCUUUCCAUCUGUUCUCAUACGAUCUGAGUGACAUUCCUUCAAGAGUCAAAGAAAAGGAAGCAGAAAUGUGGCAAAACAGUCAGUCAGAAUCUUCCUACACGAGCAAAUGCACUGACUCUUUUGAACCUUAUUCAUCCAGGUCUUCAAAUAGAUACAGCAGCCAUGGCAGCAGUGCCUACUCAGGAUCUCGACUAUACUCUGGGCCCAAUGCACCCACCAGCUCCAGCUUUCACUGCAAGACAUCCAUCUCACCUGCUCCUGAAGCAAAAUCUGAGAGGCCAGCACUGGGAGGUCUUUUAUCGUCCUCGUAUCGACAACACCAGGAAUCAUUGGCAGCUGAGCGGGAGAAACGGCGCCAGGAGAGGGAGGAAAGGUUACAGCGGAUAGAACGCGAAGAAAGAAACCGAUUCAAUCGGGGGUAUAUCGAAAAACGAGAAGAGCAGAGACUGGCACGAGAAGAAAGAUACAAGUACCUGGAGAAAUUAGCAGCCGAGGAAUAUGAGAAGGAGUCCAGGAAUCGGGUGCCGCGAGCACGCAGUGACCUUUCCCUCAGCCUGAGUUCGUCUCCUGCCCCAUGCUGUGCGACACCCCCUCCAGGGUCUUGGCAAGAGCAGAAGUCCCCAUCCACGCAUUGUGAACUGCCUCAGCCGAUAGAACUCCCUGCAAGUGAGCCAGAGCAGGAGCAGGAGCCCGAGCCUGUGUCAGAGCCCGUAGCAGAACCUGAACAACAAGCCGAGGUGGUCAGCGAGGGAAGACUUGCGGACCUGGGACCGGAGCUGGAGAGAGAACAGAGAGCUGACCGAGAGACAGAAGAAAAUGUAGCACUGAGUGAGAAGGAGAGGCAGAACGACGAGCUGAACGAGAAAGAUAACUGUUCGGCAUCCAGCAUCUCCUCUGCCAGCAGCACUUUAGAAAGAGAAGAAAGGGAAGACAAAGUAACCAGUGACAAUGAAACUGGUAAAUGGACGCAAAGCAUUAAGGAUGUCAAUGUAAAUGAUCAGAGCAGCACUAUUCUCAACAACAAACGGUUCAUGUUGGACAUGUUGUAUGCGCAGAACAAAAGUGGAGAUGAUGAUGAGGAGAAACAGCCUGGGAAGAACGAGGAGGAGAAACAAGAAUCGCUUGCGAGUCUGGCCAGUCGGAUCUCCAUCCUACAGGCCAACAAGCAGGCCCAUGAGGACAACGUGAAGAAAAUGGAGAUUGACAAUUUAGAGAACCAAGGGAGUGUGAAAGCUUUUGCUAAUAAGUUUAACAGCGGGGAGCUGAGCAAAGGACUUGCUUUAUCUGACUGUGAAACAACCACUAAGACCAUGGACAAAGUGGCUGCACCACCCAAAAAGGAGUCUGAUUAUAUCUGGGAUCAACUAUUGGCCAAUCCACGGGAACUAAAAAUCAAAGACAUAGACUUCACAGAUCUGGAAGAGGAGGAUGAUGUGGAUGUGUUAGACAUGGACACUCUGCUUAGCUCUGGAGACUCGAUUCUUCCUCCACCACCACCCCCACCUUUUUUCAUGGGCUUGCCCCUCCCUCCUCCACCCCCUUCACUGCAUUGCCCACCGCCGCUUCCAGUACCUGGCAUGGGGGUGCCCCCACCUCCACCCAUGGGUAUGUAUCAACAGUUUGGGCCGCACCACCCAUCCAGGGGUGAGCCAAUGUUCAUGAAGAAAAAGAAAACCAUCAGGCUGUUCUGGAAUGAAGUCCGACCAAUUGACUGGCAGUUCAAAAAACACAGACGGUGCAAGGACCCACUUUGGACCCUACUGGAGCCUGUGAAAGUGGACAUAGCCAAGCUGGAACAUCUCUUUGAAACUAAAUCCAAAGAGCUGCCAGUCACCAAGAAAACUGCUGCAGAUGGGAAGAGGCAGGAAGUGAUUGUGUUAGACUCAAAGAGGAGUAAUGCCAUUAACAUUGGAAUGACCGUAUUACCUCCUCCAAGAACAAUCAAGACUGCAAUUCUUAACUUUGAUGAAUAUGCCUUGAACAAGGAAGGAAUAGAGAAAAUCUUGACCAUGAUUCCUACUGAAGAAGAAAAACAGAAGAUCCAAGAGGCCCAGCUGUUGAAUCCUGACAUUCCCUUGGGCUCUGCAGAACAGUUUCUUCUAACCUUGUCUUCCAUUAGUGAACUCUCAGCGAGACUACAGCUCUGGGCCUUCAAACUUGACCAUGAAACAGUGGAGAAGGAAGUUGCAGAGCCUCUACAGGAUUUGAAAGAAGGAAUGGACCAGUUAGAGAAAAAUAAAACUUUAAGAUACAUCCUGGGUACAUUACUGGCAAUAGGGAACUUCUUAAAUGCAUCAAAUGCCAAAGGGUUUGAGCUGGGGUACUUGGAGAAAGUUCCAGAGGUGAAGGACACGGUACAUAAACAAUCUCUUCUUCAUCACAUUGCAACCAUCGUGGUGGAAACAUUUCCAGAUAGUUCCGACCUAUACUCUGAGAUUGGGGCCAUCACAAGGUCAGCCAAGGUUGACUUUGAUCAGCUUCAAGAAAACCUUUGUCAAUUGGAGAGGAGAUGCAAAGCUUCAUGGGAUCAUUUAAAGGCAAUCGCAAAGCAUGAAAUGAAGCCCUCCCUGAAGCAGAAGAUGUCUGAAUCCCUGAAGGACUGUGCCGAGAGGAUCAUCAUUUUAAAAAUCGUUCACAGAAGAAUAAUAAACAGAUUCCAUGCCUUUCUGCUCUUCAUGGGACAUCCCGCGCAUGCAAUCCGAGACGUGAACAUCCACAAGUUCUGUAAGAUUAUCAGCGAGUUCGCUCUCGAAUAUCGAACCACCAGGGAGCGGGUGCUUCAGCAAAAGCAGAAACGAGCCAAUCACAGAGAGAGAAACAAGACCAGAGGCAAAAUGAUUACAGAUACGGAUGAAGAUGAUGAUGUUGAGACAGGGAAGUUCUCCAGCAACACGGCAACUGUCUCAAGUGAUAUCCAGCCACAGGGACUAGACUAUGCAGAAGAGGCAGCGGAACAUGAAAAUAUGAAAGCGGUUCUUAAAAUGUCUCUAUCAAGUGGAGAAGUUACUGCUGGAGUCCCAGGUGUGCGAACCCGAACGAGAGCAAGCAGAGGCCGUGUUGGCUCGUGGGCUCCAGGGAAUGACGAUUCCCCAAAUGCCACAGACGACGCUGCAGAUGAAAUCAUGGAUCGGAUUGUAAAGUCAGCGACUCAAGUGCCAAACCAGCGAGCCGUGCCUAGAGAGCGGAAGCGAUCUCGUGCAAACAGGAAGUCUCUAAGAAGAACAUUAAAGAAUGGCUUGACACCUGAAGAGGCCAAAGCACUUGGUCUGGUCAGCACUUCUGAGAUGCAAUUGUGAAAUUAAUUGAGCAUGAACUGCGACAGAAAACAUCACUAGCACCUGAGCAAGGCACUGCUAGAAAAUCCAACUGCCGACCAUUUGCUGCUCAUGGUAUCCAGUCAUCACCCAGCUCCAUUCAUCAUAUGCUGCGUAUGAGAAACGAGAGCUGCUAGAAAGAGAUGGCACAUUUGGCACUAAAUUUCUGACAGCUUUUUUUAAAAAACAAAAUAAAUCAGGAUUGUUCAGAAAUAUUUAUACCUAGGUAAAAGUAUGCCUUUUAAAACCAAAACUGAAUUGAUUAGAAGACUUUAAUGGGUAAGCUGUUGUAUGUGAUAUGUUUACAUUGGCUUUACUUGUAACGUAUUUGUGCGGCAGUAACGUGCACCAUUUCUGUGUAAAUGCCAGGCCUUAAAGAGACAGUCUGCUGAUGUUGGCUUGCCACAAUCCCGGCUGCCUGUCAGGAGGUGUAGGAAGGAACUUCAGAUGCUGGUUUAAAGCAAAGAUAGACACAAAGAGCGAGCGUAACUCAGCGCGACAGGCAUCAUCUCUGGAGAGAAGGAAUGGGUGGCGUUUCAGGUCGAGACUUCUCCUGUCUGAAGAAGGGUCUCGACCCGAAGCGUCACCCAUUCCUUCUUUCCAGCGGUGCUUCCUGUCCCGCUGAGUUACUCCAGCUUUUUGUGUCUAUCUGCCUAUCAGGAUUUUCAUCUGACUGCUGACCAACCUGAAUCCAAAGGAAAGGAUUUAAUACAACCUGACAAGUAAUCGUUCAAUUCUAAAAAAAAAAAAAGCACUAUGUUUGUGGUCCUCUUUGAUAAUGGUAUUAUUUUCUCUGGAGUAUCAGUGUCGUUCAGUGUUUCUAAAAGUACGUUCUAACUGUUAUAGAAUGCUGGACUAGUUGGGACAGUAAAGGUUCCCAAACAGGCAUCAUCACAGUAUUGAUUCAGUUGAUUUAAUUAUUACAGGCUUAAAGGGGAUUGUAUUUGUAAAGGUGAAAUUGCCUUUUUUAAACAAUAAAUACUGCAAUUAUUUCUAAAAUUAGGAUUGCAGUAAUAUUAUUUUUGACCAGCUCCUUCCUGUCAGUGCUGGUAAGGUAAUUGUUUUUGUCGAUUAAUUGAUUAUGUUCAUUAUGAUGGCAAUGGAAUGCAUUGGUGCCAUAAGAGAUAAAGAUCCAAGUGGGAUCUCUGCACAAUGUCUUGGUACAUUAGCUGGUGACCAGAGCUUAGGCCAAAUUUCAGGGACUCACCCCAGCUAAACCUCCAGUUUUAAUGGAGGUGUGAUAAAGAUGGGUGGCCAACCAAUGCACGCACCAAAGGUGAACAGAUAUGUAAACAUUGUCAUAAGGCUGUCAACCUUCACUUAGGAGACUCAGUUUUAGGAAUAAUCAGCUAGCUUAUUCUCGAUCUGGGGAAACUCAGCAGGUGAAAGGAAAGAGGGCUAAAGUCAUACCAUAAUUGCUAUUACAGCAGCUUGCAGACAAACGGAUUACAGAUAUAUCAAGCUAACCAAUAAUAAUUCUAUCCUCAUUUCUGGCUCAUUCACCCUCAAACUCCAGGAAAGGCUUUCUCUGCCUCCGGAGCAUAAAACUGUAAUGAAUUUAUCUUCAAGCCCAUCUUGAGAACUGCUUGACAACCAGGAAAAUUGUACGUCCAAGUUUCCUAACCCAAAUAAAGAUAAACUCCAAUGCCAUGGCGAUUUAGAACAGCUACAAUCCAGAAAAAAAUCCUAGUUUGUUCUAACAGGAUGCUCCAAGUACCAUCAACUUUCUUUCAAUGAUCAAAUAAGAAUUCUACAUUUAUAUUACAAUAACUGUUGUAUUCUACUCUCCUUUUGAGCUGCAUAUUUUUUUUUAUCAGAACUGUCCUAUGGAUUUUGAAAGAUUUGUUUCUCAUCUUGGCAAUAUAAAACCAUUUCGAUUUUCAUAUUUGAUAUUUUACCAUUAGUGUUGCCUGAUUUAAAGAGCAGAGGUUGUUGAAAAUAAUUGAUGCACUGAGAGUCUUUUUCCAUUUGGCUUCUUAUUUUCAUAUUUUAUAAAUUAAUACAAAGUAAUUCAUCAUAAUUAUUCUUUUUCCAGGUUACUUGGUCUUAACAUAAUGGUUGUCCUGGUGUUGGUAAAACCUGUGCUCAAUAAAUCAGUCAGUAUUAUGAUUGGCUUUUACCACACUCUUCUUUAACAAGAACCCAUAGCUGCUACCAGAUAACAUCCCAAACGCUAGGUAAUGAUUUCCAUUCAGUAGAUUAAUCUAGCCUUGGCCUGCAACACAGCAACUGUCUCUUUAACUUGGAGUACAUAAGGUGACUGCAUUACAUUGGCAGCAUGAGCAUUGGAUUCUUCUAAGGUUACGUACUCCGUAAUGAACCUUCCUGGUGUGGGUGGAAAAAGCUGGAUUUAUUGUUUUUUUUUCCAAAAAGCGAUCGAGAAAGAAACACUCAAAAUGUAAUCCUUUCCAACCUGAAGCCAGGCUUCCCUGCAAACUCUGCACUUUUACUGGAUAUAGUGAAGCAUAUGAUCAGGCUGCAUAGGUUUUUUUUCAAAGGUUUGCUGGACCUUGCGAUACCAUGGCAAGGACAUAUGCAAACUUUUAAACACUGAAGCUACACCAGAAGUAGUCAAUUGCCACUUGUGGUCAAAGGAGAAAGAAAAACUUACACCAAUUUUCUCUUAAUUGGAAAAUAACUUCAGAAAUAUUAACACCGUUUUAUAUUGAUAAGGGGGGAAUUGUAAAGAAAAUAGCAGUUUUUAAAGUCUUGUAAAGUAGAAUGGGCAAGUUUUUAAGAACAAAAAUAAAGAAGGAUAAUGCUGUACAGUUGUGUAAAUGUCACUCUCCAUGAUGUUUCUGUGUAGUAUAGUGUAAGAUAAAUCAGACACACUGGUGGCAGUGUUAUUCUGUGAAUUGUAAUUUAAAGAAAGCCAUGCAUGGUCAUUUAUUUACUUCAUGAAUCGCUCAUAAUAGAUAAGGGAGUUUGUUACAUGUUACAUUUGUGUGUGAAAUUGCAUUUGUCUUGUGUUUUUACUCUAAGGACUUGAAACUACUGUUGUGGAACACUUCACUCUACAGAUAACAUAUAUUCCACUUUAGGAUGCCAUGUUGCCACAUUAAUUAAUGCCAGUGAGAAGGAGCACCAGUCCACCUGAUCCUCCCUCUCUAUCCAUGCACCUCUCUCCAUUAAGUACUGCAAUAUCCUUGGGUGCCAUUCAAAGUAAUGAUAUGAAACUGGCUACCAAAACCCAUAUUUUAACUCUCACCAUAACUCAAUUCAACAGCUUGCAGCAACAGUACUGUGUACAAACAUAUUGCAAUAAAGCUUUAUGAAGCAG